CUGCUUGCUUGUGGGGGGAUCAGGGGUGUCUCACAUCUCAACAUUCGCUCCAUGAUUGUCGCCUGAUUUGAACAUACCGAAAGGACCUCUAGGCACACGCUUUUCUCGCUCUAUAGAGCGGGCCACUCUCCUCCUGCUCGUGUUAUCCUGCUCCUCUGUUUGCAGACCGAGGAUUCUCACAUCGCCUCCAUCGGUGCUGCUGGUGUGCUCCUGUCGCGCCCGAGCUUCGCAUCCCCAUCUGCAGCAGCUCCCCUGCGCCCGCCCAACAUGGCUGGCAACUCCAUGCACAACCUGACAACCCUGAUCAAGAGGCUCGAGGCGGCCACGUCUCGCCUCGAAGAUAUCGCCCAGGCGGCCUUCGAGAACCCCCAGGCAGUCCCGGGACUCACGCAGGCGGCGAGCACGCCGACACCUUCUGCGCCCGCAUUACCGCCGACUGCCCCCGCUCCGCCGGCGCCCGCCCCAGAGCCUGUGCCCGAGUCGAUCGAGGAGUUUGACAGCUUCAUUAGCCAGUCCGUCGGGAACUGGGCGAAGAUUAGCAAAGCAAUCGGUGGUCUGGUUGCCGAGCAGGCAGCAAAGGUCGUCGAGGCCUUCGAGGAGCAGCGCAGAUUCCUGCUCAUCACAACCAAAGCCAAGAAGCCCGACCUGAAUGGCGCCGAUAUGUCUGUCUUCCAAGACUUGGUCAAGCCCAUCGGGGACCUCAUGACCGCCAUCGGCAAUAUCAAGGACUCGAACCGCGGCGACCCCUUGUACAACAACCUCUGCACCGUGUCCGAGAGCAUCCUAGCUCUGGCCUGGGUGACCAUUGAUACGAAGCCGUUCAAGCACGUCGAGGAGAGCUUUUCGUCUGCGCAGUUCUGGGGGAACAAGGUCUUAACGGCAAAUAAGAACAAGGACGAGCAGCAGGUUGAAUGGGUGAAAGCGUACUUCCAGGUGCUCCGCGACCUCGCCGAUUACGUCAAGAACUACUUCCCCAACGGCAUCCCAUGGAACCCCAAGGGAGUGCCCGCGGCCCAAGCUGCCAAAUCAGUGACGGCGGCGCCAUCCGCCCCGGCAGCCCCGGCAGCCCCAGCGGGCGGCCCGCCGCCACCUCCGCCGCCGCCGCCGGGUCCUCCGCCGGUUCUCAAGAUCAAUGAGCAAAAGGCCGAGCCGACCCCAUCCGCGGGCUUCGGCGCCGUCUUUUCGGAGCUAAACAAGGGCGAGGCGGUCACCAAGGGUCUCCGGAAGGUGGACAAGUCGGAGAUGACGCACAAGAACCCUUCUCUGCGCGCCGGGUCGACUGUCCCUGACCGCGUCACCUCGACACGGGGCAAGAGCCCUGCGCCGCCUGGCACCAAACCGAAGCCGGAAAGCAUGCGGGUUAAGAAGCCGCCCAAGAAGGUGCUAGAAGGGAACAAGUGGACUAUUGAAAACUUCGACAAAGAACCCUCGCCGAUCGAGCUCGAGGUCUCCCUCUCGCACUCGAUCCUCAUCUCCAAGUGCACCAACACGACCAUCAUCCUCAAGGGCAAGGCGAACGCGGUGACGGUCGAGAACACGAGCCGGCUGUCGCUCGUCGUCGAGUCGCUCGUCUCGACCGUCGACGUGGUCAAGUCGCAGAACUUCGCCCUCCAGGUCAUGGACGGCGAGACCAUCCCGACCGUGCUGCUCGACCAGGUCGACGGCGCCCAGAUCUACCUCAGCAAGGAGAGCUCGGCCACCCGCGUCUUCUCGAGCAAGUCGGCCGGCGUCAACCUCAACGUCAUCACGGGGCCCGACGACGACUACAAGGAGAUCCCGCUGCCCUCGCAGAUCUGUUCGUACUUUGAGCAGGAGAAAGGCGACGUGGUGAACGAGAUCGUCUCGCACGUUGGUUGAAUAUAACGGGCUUUUUUCUUUUUAGCUGGUGGUUUGGGUGAGUUGGAUUGUGGGGAUGCUUGUCCUGUAGAAUGGCAGAGGAG